ACAUAUAUAAUACACGAAGUUUGAAAAAAUUGAAAUGCUCAUGCGGAAUUGUUAUACAAAUCUGUGAAAGCAUAAGGAACGGAAAUAUAUGGAAGUUCGCACGCAGUAAUGAAAAAUAAAUUCAUUACAAAUAAAUUAUUGCACUUUAAUAAUUUAUAUUAUUAAUUUGUAAAAAACAGGUCAUGAGAGCAGCGACAGCAACACCAGUGUCAUGCCGCCACCUCCUUCAAACAAGGUGGCAUGCAGAAAACGAUUUUGCGAUUCGUGGCUAGCAGAACCCAAUUUUUCUUCGUGGCUCCAGAAAUGCGAGGGCAACCCGUUUAAGGCGUUCUGUACUGCCUGCGAAAAAGAAUUCAAUUGCGGGAAAUCUGAGCUGAGGAAGCACGCCAGCGGUCAAUCGCACAUUACCAUGUUGCGUAAUACAGGAGACUUGACGGACACGGACAGCGCAGCGUGGCUGGCUUUUGCAUCCGUACGUGAACGUGUCAAAAGAGCCGAGAUCAUCCAUGUUCUCAAUAUCAUAGAACACAGCAGAAGCUUCCACUCGUAUGAGCACGAUACGAGAAUGCAGCUGAGGGCUGUGGAUUCAAUGGAUGUUUUAAAGCAAAUGAAAUUGAAGCGUACCAAAAUUGCAGCCAUCACGAACAACGUCAUCAACGAAGCCAUCGUGAGGAAUGUCACUAAAAUAUUAAAGAAUACAUUCUUCUCAAUCCUAGUGGAUGAAAGCACCGACGUGUCAGGGUACAAAAAUUUAUGCAUCCUGGCGAGAUACACGUAUGAGGGGACAAUCCAGACAUAUUUACUAGAUUAUUUACGAUUGAGAGAAGGAAAUGCCGAGUAUUUAUACGAUUGUUUCAAAUACUCAAUGCAAAAAUACGACAUUCCAGUCAGCAACGUCAUUGGCGUUUCUGUUGACAAUGCAAGUGUAAUGGUGGGGAAACAUAAUUCAUUCGUUUCUCGGCUGCUGGCAGAAAACGAUUCACAAGUUGUCGUUUUACCAUGUAUAUGCCACUCCAUUCACCUGGCAGCCUGCAAUGCAUGUAAGAAGUUACCGGAGCACGUGGAAGAAUUAUUAUAUUCAUUGUAUAGCUACUUCGUUUCAAGCCUUAAAAAACAGCAAGGUUUGGAAGACAUACAGGAGAUAAUGCACAUUACAAAACAGAAGCUCCUUCAACCAUCGAAAACAAGGUGGCUAGCACUGUCACAAUGUGUCGACAGAGUUCUGAACCAAUGGAAUGCUCUUUACGCAUAUUUCGCUGUAGAAUCGUGUACAGCGGCAAAUCCAUUAUUUCCCGGCAUGUCCUUGGAAGAAAGUAUAUGUAACAGGAUGAACUAUCCAUUAACGAAGGCGUACUUGCAGUUUUCAAUUACAUCCUUCGGAAGUCCGCCAAUUUGAACGUUCGUUUCCAAACGAACGACAUAUUACUACACUCUUUGUAUUUACAAUGUGCAGACUUUCUAUCAGUGGUAGCAACAAAUUUUAUGCAACCCGAAGUUCUAACAAGGAACAACUUACAUUCAGUAGAUCCGUAUGAUGCACAAUAUUUAUUACCAACGGAUAAAAUUAACAUCGGGCAAAGUGCACUUGAUCUUGUUUCUGAAUUCACCUCAUCAACGGAGGAAGGGAAAGAAGAGAAACUAACAGCGUUCUACAGACAACUUCAUACGCGACUUGUCUUUUCUCCUACCAAAAAAUGCUC